GUUGUCCCGGGUGUGCAGGGGCCUGGGGCUGUUGCUUGACCCAUGUCACCCGCACCAGUGCUGAUGGGGCAGCCAGCGGGAGAGGGAGGCACCCUGGAGGUACCUGCCAAGCCGGCUCUUCUGCAGGCCUUUUUAUACUCAAGGGAGAGACCCGGCCAUGUGGCUGCCUAUCGCAUCUUGGGGCACACGGCCUCAGGGGAAGGCUGGGUCUGGGUGGCCAGGCCUCCUGGGUAGGCUCGACCCCCAGGGGGACGACCCUGUCAUCCUGUCUGGGGCGCUGGGGCAGGGCAGGGCCAGCUGCUGCCGGCUCCCUGGUCCUCCCCCUGUGCGAGUGGAAGGGUGGGGGUGGAGGCCGCGGCGUUCCUGGCUGGGAGCCCAGAGGAGUCUUUUGUAAUCACAACAUGAUCUCGUGUGCUGAGCAGUGGAGCCGGCAGGGAGAGGCCGGCAGAGGCCCGGCUCCAGUGGCUCCGGCUUCCCUCCUGCUCUGGCUCCCCCAGGGUCUGCUCUGGAAUUCUCUUGGUGCCCGCUGGUGCCAUGCACUCGGCUGUGAGUGGCACCUUGCCUUGGGCAGGGGCUUCCUGGGGCUGGGAGGAGGCUGGGACACCAGGCAGCCAUGCUCUGGGGGCAGCUGGGGACAGCUGGGCCUGGGAGGAAGAGGGCUGCGAUCAGGCCAGAGGCGGCCCGGGCAGGGGUGCUGGUGCCCAAAGCGGAGACCCUGCAGCCAGGCGGGGCGGGGGGGUGACCUGGGAUCUUGAUGCCGAGGCCCCGCUUGCCCAGGGUGGGGCUGCCAACCUCUCCUGCCCUGGCAGCCAGCGGCUCAAGGCCUGGAGAGGCUGGGCCUGUGGGGCGGCUCUUUCUCCAGGCUGGGCACAGGCCCGGAGAGUGGGGGCUCGGGCCUUAGGGCCCAGGACGGAGCCAAGGCCUCUCUUUUUCUGCACUUCUGAGUCUGGGAGCCAAACAGCUCCCCCCGCUCCUCGACCUCCCGAAUCCCCUGGCAGCUUCCCAGUCACGCAGGUUCUGCGGCCAGAGCCAUUUAUAACUCCCGUUCCAGACUUGCUGUGGUGUUCUCUGGGGAGCCGGGGGAGGGGCGGCCUGCUGCCUGCCCUGGGUGUCAGGCCCCGACCUGGAGGAGGCAGGUGCAGGCAGACAGGCCCAGCAUGGUGGGGGUGGGCCUUUCUUCCUGUGGACCCUGGCACUGUGGGUGGUGAGAAUAAGGUUGGGGGAUGAGUGUGCAGGUGUGGGAAUGGUGGUGGCUGGGCAGCAGCCGGGAGCCUGGGUCCCCUGCCCUCCGCAGGGGCCGCCCAGGGCCACGUCACUGAUGAGUAGGCCGGAGGAGAAGGAUGCUGAGCUGGACCGGAGGAUAGUUGCCCUGCGCAAGAAGAACCAGGCCUUACUGCGCAGGUACCAGGAGAUCCAGGAAGACCGUCGGCAGGCCGAGCAGGGGGGCAUGGCUGUGACCACGCCGGGGCUCCUCCAGCCCGACAGCCUCACUGUCACCAUCAGCCAGGUUCCUGGUGAGAAGCGGGUGGUCAGCAGGAACUGGGCAAGGAGCCCUCUCGGACCCGAGGCCGCCGGUGAGAUGCUGGAGGACGAGGACAUGGGGUGCUGCGUGGGCGCCUUCUUCUUGGGGGAGCGCGUGGACCUGGCUGUGACCAUGGAAAACAGGGCCAAGGCCAAACGGAUCGUAAGUGAAAAGCCCACCAGAGCAAGGGCCCCCGGGGCAGAUGCGUCACCUGGAGGGGGCGGAGGCCAAAGCCCCCCCCCACAGCUGGCCGUCGGCUCGAACUCUGCACAGAAGGCUGCAGGGGAAGCCCGGGGCCCAGCCCCUCCACGGCCACUCAGAGCGCCCCCAGAGGUGGGCUGGGAUUACUCUCAGUGGAAGCAGGAGCGCGAGCAGGUGGACCAGGCCCGCGUGGCUCGGCACAGAGAUGCACAGGGUGACUGGCGCCGCCCGUGGGACAUGGACAAGGCCAAGCCCACGCUACAGGACGGCGGCAAGCCUAGGGAAGAGGGCCCGGCGAGGGCAGGCGGCAGACGGGGUCCUAGGAGCCACCGGAAGCUACAGCCCCCGCCAUUGUCCCCGGAUGGAAAAGGUCGGGGUGGGCAACCCAGCAGACCCUCGGCGGCACCAGCCACAGGCAGCAAAGCCCGGGGCAAGGAGAGGCUGACUGGCAGGGCCCGAAGGUGGGAUACGAAGGAAGACGCCGCUGAGGAACUGGAGAGCCAGGAGGCAGGCCAGAGCACCAGGAAGGCUGUCAGCGCAGAGGAGCAGCCAGACAAGCAGAGCGGGGCCCAGCCAGGCAGGCUGGGAAGGACUCCAGCAACCAGCCCAGCACCAGCACCCCGGGAGCGGCCAGAAGAGAAGUCAGGAGCUUCCACAAGCAGCCCUGCCCCCAGCUCACCACAACAGACUGACUUGGUUCCCCUGGACCUCUCUCUAGGAGGGGCCGGCAGCCCUGGGCCUGGGGAGAGCCCGUGUGUUCUCAGCCCCAGGCCCGGGGCCCAGGAGAACCCUGCAGCCUGGCCUGAUGGCUCCCAGCAGCCUCUGGGACGCAGCGACCCUGAGGCUGAGCUGGAGGGCCGGAUGUGCUCUGAGCCGCAGAAAGGAACAGGUCCCCUAGAGCCCAGAGAGGGCAGGUCUGGCAGGGCUGGGGCGCAGCAGGCCCUGGCCCCGAGAGGCAGGCCUCCCAGAGGAAGUGGGCAGAGGGGGAGGGGCACGGGGGGAAGGGGCAGGAGAGGGGGCGCUGGCCCUGCAGGACGGUGCUGAGCAGAGCUCCUGGGAGCUGGGGGCUGCUUUAGGGAGAGGAGGAGGGAAGGACUCAGUGCCCAGUCUUCUGUGUGGCUCGUGCCCGUCCGGCUGAGCAGUGCGGUCAGCUUGCCAGCACACUGAUCCUGCAAGCGGCUGCCUCGGGCCCUGUACCUCGUGGGCCCGUGUGUUUUCCUGUGCAAGCACAAGCAUGCUGGCCUCUGGUGUCCCACGCCGGUCAGCCCUGCCCUGAUGCCCAGGCCAUGAGCCAUCUCCACCCUAGUGACAGCCAGGCCCUCCUGGUCCUGUUAUGCCCCAGGGCCUGGCCUCCCUCACCAGCAGCUGCCCUCAGCUCCCAGCAGCCGCAGGCCCCCUUGGCCACCCAAGCCAGCACCUUUCUCACCCUCCUGUCUCGCGGCCAGGUGAUGAGUGGUCCCAGGCUCACAGGAUGGCCGAGCUGGCAGAACCUCGGCCGUCACCUGCUUCUUCCAAAGAGGAGGCUGAGGCCUGGAGAAAGGACACAGCUGGCACAGCCCGGGCUGGGAGCAGAGAAGCAGAAUCGGGCUUCCCUAUGAGAAGGAGGGUCCCCGGAGUGGCCUUCCCCCGGCACGGGGUGGGCUGGGCGGUGGGGAGCACUCACGGCUGGCGCUGUGGCAUCACGUGCACCCUGGGCAGAGGCCAGGGCCUGCUCCUGCGGCCCAGGGUCAUUUCCUGCCCUCUCCUACUUCCUCUUCCCCACCCCCUACCCCCACCAGGGCCUUGCAAGGCAAGGGCUCAGAGAAACAGAGAAGCUCAAUAGAUAAACAAUGACUCCGACAUCAGAACUUGUCUUUCCCACUUAGUCUCCAUUCCCGCCCCUCCCCUGAGGCCCACAGAAUUAUCCAGACUCUGCACAAGCUGUGGCUUCCUCUCAAUUCAACAAACAUUUCCUGAGCACCCACGACCAGUAACGCAGCCGGUGGGCGACGGUGACUUAGCCAGCCAGGGGGAGGGAAGGGACCCAGUCAUCCAGCAGAUCCAGGCUACACAGCAGGGGCCAUUCUUGGCCCAAGGUGCGUGACAGGGCUGGGGGCAGGAUCUCGGUGGGAGACCAGAGGGAACCAGCCCGCCUCUGCUCCCACGCACUUGCCUGGAGCUCACCACGUGGUCCCUUCUGCUCCCCUCCUCCCUGGCCCUGCCGUGGUGGUUUCUCUCUGCUGAGGGUCAUGGGCCUCUGAGGCCCCCAGGAGGGUCUGGACCCUGGCCACAAUUCGAUGGGAGGCCAAUGGGGUCCCAGCUCAGGUGGCUUCGCUGGCUGGCAGCUCCAUCCCCCCACCCUUCGACUGGCCCGCUGGGGAGUGGGUACCUCUCAGCAGCUGAGACUGCUGUCCUCACACCGAAUGCCAAGGAUGAUGCCGAUUCUAAUCCAGCCUGGGGAGGGCUGGGAGCCAGCGCUGCUAUAGGCACAGGUAGGCCCAUGCUGCUGGGCUGGGCCACACUAUGCAAGUGGUAAGGGCCGAGACUAGGACACAAGGAGGGCUGGGGACAGAGGCGGACUCUAGGCUCUGGCUGGCUGCAGGGCUGGGGGAAGACGCUGCAGAGGGCAGGAAUGGGGUAGGGUGAAGAGGGCAGAAGAGGGCAGUGUGGGGCAUUCUGGAAAAGCCUGGCCAGGCUGGAGACUCCACGCUCAAGUUUUCCUCUUGCCUUCCAGUCACAAGGACAAGGCUUUGGAAUGUGGCACAGGCCCUGGGCCCCAUCACGGGCAAAGGACGGGGCUGGGUUAGAGCAAAGGAUGGGGUUAGGUUCCGGCAGAGACCUUAAAUUCUAGAUUCACAGUCUGCUCCCAAACCCCGGAGCUGCAACUCACAGAUGUGCCUCCAUACAGGGUAGCCGCCAGGCACGUGUGAGCAUGGGAGGGGGACGGGGAAAUGGGACAAGGCCUGGGUUCAGCCCUCACACAAGAACCGGGGCAGGAGAGAGUCAGGGAGAAGGGCUAUGGGGAAAUAGGGCUGGAAGGAUGUUAGGAGGAGGGGUGUGGGGGGAGCAACGAGAUUGGAGAGUGGAGACCGGUGCAGGCUGCUUUCACAGGAAGACUGUACUGGGGGCAGGUGGCACUGAGCUGUCCUCAAGAGGGCAGUGGCUCUGGUGGCAGCCCUAGGCUACCCGACCCGACUGUGGCUCCAGGAUGGAACAGGAGGCAGGUAUCACUAGAUACGGCACCUGCCGACCUCAGGGCCAUGCAGAGCUGGUUCUAUCUCCUCUGGGCUCCUGUGUUCAAAGGUCAGGCUGGAAGCCUUCCACUUGGUUGGAAAGGAGGAAGGCAUCCAAGACAAAUCUAUUUUUCAAAUGUGGGAGGGCUUCACGUGGCCAUCAGGAACCAAGGCACGGAGCUGGAGGGUGGAAGAGGCGGAGGCACCUGUGUCCCAGGCCCACCUCACCUUGGCAGAAGGAGCAGUGGAGCAGGGUUGCAAGAAAGGCAUGUGUCGGACGACAGGGUGGAACGGGCACAGGCCAGGAUCCCCCGGUCCAGUCAGCUGGGUGGCCGUGCCUGACUUUAACCUCUAAAAGCCUUGGUCCCCUUGUCUGCAAAGUGGGGGCUGUAAUUCCCACCCUGGAGGGCUGUUGAAAAAACAAGGACAAGAGUAUGCAAAAUGUACCCGGCCUGCAGUAGACACUGUCACUGGUAGCCUGCCAUUCGAAAGGCUCUCGGUGAAUACUCGUUGAAUAAAUGAAGUAGCUAUUUGGU